AUUUUUUUAAAUGGCUGCGCCCAUGCGAUGAUCUAAAUUUAUUUUCCAAUGGCCGAGUCGGCGAAAAUGGAGGAUGAUGUAAGCAACUCAAAAGAAUCUGAACCACCAAUCCUCAUAAACUUAACAAAUGGCAAGAUUUUUAUUUGGGACGCUGAAGAUGUAAUGAAAGUGAGAGAAGUUCACCAUAUCAUGGGCACCUUAGUUGGUACAUUAAGUAGAUCACCACGUCAGAAUAUCCAGCAUGGUCUGCCAUUACAGUUAUUACCUGAAGAAGCUGCUUUGCUUAUUGAAUAUAAUGUAGCAAAGUUAGUCAAGCUGAAGCCACUGAAAGUAAGUGCGGCAAUGGUAGAGGAUUUCAAAAAACACAGACAACAAUCAUUUGAAGAGCAGAAAGUUAUCAUGAAGCAGGGAAAAGAAACAAUAGAACAAGAAAUGGCAGAAGUGAUUGAGGCAGGCAGAGCUGCAAAGAGGAGAAAAAAAGGAGCUGGCAAAAGGUGGCACAGAAAUCAGCAGGUGUGCAAGACAAGAUAAAAUAAGUCAAGGACAACAUGAAGAACCUCACCUCAAAACAGAAGAUAUUCUACAACACACUGAUGAACCACAGUGUGAAGUGUUAGACUUGAGUGUCGCAAAAUCAAACACUAACAUUCCCAGCUCUAAAUCUGAAUAUAAAGAGACCGAUACGAAGGAAGGUAUGGACAUUGAAAAUAUUGAGGGCAAUAGGACAACAGAUCUAAAUGAUGGGAUAGCUGUGGAGAAACAUUCUGGGUCACCUGAUUCACUCAAAUCACCUGACCGAUGCAAGUCACUUGACCAACCCGUGUCACCUGAUCCUUGCCAUGUGAAAACACAUGAUAACAAUGACAUGAGAACAGCAAAGAAUGAUAAAACCAAAGAACGGUCACUUUUAUCAAGCACCAGCCAGUCAGCAGAAAAGGUUGAAAAUGAUGGUGAU